GCACUAUCCGGACCGGGUUGUAAUGGCAACUGACUGGAUGGAACAUCAACAGCAACUUUUGUAAUUUAUUUGAAGGAAGUUUCAAUUAAGGAGGUUUUACACAAACCUUGAGGAAAUUAUUUCUAAUGUGAGAAAGAAAUGUUCGGUCCGAAAAUGUCCCAGGGAUGUACAAUUUCUGUGGAAGAGAUCCAGUCUUGGUGGGAAGUCCCCGCCAUAGCCCACUUCUGUUCGCUGUUCAGGACUGCAUUCAACCUACCAGACUUUGAAAUUGAGGAGCUGGAAGAGGCGCUACAGAAGCAGGACACAGACUUUCUGGCUGACCUCCUCGUCUCACUGCUGCAAGGAUGCUACCAGCGCACAGACAUCACUCCCCAGGCGUUCAGCAGUUAUCUGGACGACAUCAUCAACUACCGCUGGGAGCUGGAGGAGGGGAAGCCCAACCCCCUGCGCCAGGGGCCCUUUGAGGAGCUGACCCCGCGCACACAGGUGGAGCUGCUGCACAGGCUGUGUGACUACCGCCUGGACGCCGCAGACGUCUUCGACCUGCUCAAGGGCCUGGAUGCGGACAGCCUGCGCGUGGAGCCGCUGGGGCAAGAUGGGAGCGGUGCCCUCUACUGGUACUUCUAUGGUACCCGCAUGUACAAAGAGGAGCCGGUCAAGAGGAAAGCGGAGCAGCUCGAUGAAGCCCCUGAGAUAAAACCAACAGAGAAGAGGAAAAGGGGAAGACCACCAAAGAAGAAAGUAGAGGAGAUCCAGCUAAGUGAGGUGGAGAGUGAAGUGAAGAAGGAGAAUGGACUGGAAGGUCUACACUCAGGCACAGACCGAGAGCGCGGUGCCUGGUCCUUGGUGUGUGACACGGAGGAGCAGUGGGCCAGUCUGGCUGAGAGCAUCAGAGACAAAACGUCCCCCCAGGACCGCCACCUCUACCGCAUCAUCAGCCAGAACUUCCUCCCUGAGAUCAGCAGCAUGAUCGAGCACAAGGUGAAUGAGCAGAAGCAGAGGCUGCUGGAACCCACCCCAGUACGCAGCUCUUACCGGCUCUCUGAGAAACGCAUGAGCCAAGAGGAGGAGAACACGCUGCAGGCCAUAGCCAAUAGGGAGCAGCAGAAACAGAAGGAUGAGGACAUGGACAGGCAGGCCCUGCUGAUGGAGCAGAGACGAGAAGAGGAGAUGUUGCUGCAGGAGGAGCGCCAGAGAGAGGAGCUGGAGAGACUCCAAGCUGUGGAAGAGCGAACACGGCGGCGGAAACUGCGUGAGGAGAAGGCCUGGUUGAUAUCCCAGGGGAAGGAACUGCCUCCCGAACUGCUGCACCUGGAGCCCCACUCACCCAUUCGACGCUCCCGCAGGACAAAAGAGUUCUAUGAAAUUGAUGAUGAUUAUACGGCAUUGUACAAAGUGUUGGAGGCCCUGAGAGCCCACAAAGAUGCCUGGCCCUUCUUGGAGCCUGUGGAUGAAUCCUAUGCCCCUAACUAUAAUGCGGUCAUUCAGACUCCGAUGGACCUAUCCACCAUCGAGACUAAGCUGAAUGAAGGGGAGUAUAUUGCCAAGGAAGAGUUUGUGUCUGACAUGAAGCUCAUAUUUGAAAACUGCAUCGAGUACAAUGGGGAAGACAGCGAGUACAGCAUCAUGGCAGAAUCCCUGGAGCGUUGUUUCAGCCGGGCGCUACUGAAGCACUUCCCGUCGGAGGACGGCGACACGGACGAGGAGUUCCACGUGAGCGGCGAGGACCGUGAGAGAGACCGCAAGGAGAAAAGGCGAAGCAAAGGCAACAAACAGGCAGGGCCAGAGAGCUUGAUCCGAGCCACUGAGCAGGCCUCACGCAAACGGACACAUCCAGGGGGCAAGGGCAGCACCCCAAUGGAGGAGGAGGGGAAUAAGCCAGCACUGCCACCCCCUCCCCCCCACUGGGCCAAUGGACCCCCACACCCCCAUGACAUACCUCAUGGACAACCCCAUCCUGGGAACCUUUACUACCCAGCACAGCAGCAGCUCCAGCACCCCCCUAAUCCCCACGGCCCACACAUGUACGGCCAGAGGAUGGACCCCGGCUACGCCUACCCUGGACAGGGACAUAUGCCCCGGCCUGGGGAUCCCAAUGCUCAUCACAUGCCUCAACAUUACAGCAUGCAGCCACACAUGCGGGAUGGACACCACGUUGGCCAUAGAUACCAAAUGGGGCCUGAUGGCCGGCCUCUUCAGCCACAGCACCACCGGCAGCAGCACCCCUACAUGGGUCCCACCCAUGGUCCCUCACUGGGCCCCCGUCCCGUGGCCCUCCAAUCUGGGGGCCUCUGCACCCCCAUGCCCGACAGCAGCAUGUACUUGUCCCGCCAGUGCACCAACGGCAACCCCCUACACCCCGGAGGGAACUGCUACCCCGGGCCUGACGUCCCACCACGACACAACUACCCAGCCUUCCAUCCAGGAAUGGGCAUGCAUCCUAACAUGUGGUCAGGGAUGAACCACCAAGGCCAGGAGAGGCCCAGUGGACCUGGGAAAAAAGUGCAAAAUAUGGCUAACCACCACUCUUAUAACCCCGGGGGUCCUCGUCCCAUGGGCCCCAAACCCUGGCCAGAGCAGCCUGGGGGCCCCGGAGGGUACCCCUCUCAUCCCAAUGGACCCAUGGCCCUGCGGACCCCCAUGCCUCAUCAGGACUCCAGGCAGUGUCUGGCCUCCAUGCUGGAGAGCCCAGAGAUGAUUGCCCUGCAGCAGCUGUCUGCCUCCUCCACCGGACUCUCUGCUGGCUCCUCUCACCAGGACAUGGGCAACUUCCAGCAGCAGCCCCUACAGGGUGUUGGCAGCGCCCCAACUCACCCCUCGCAGUACCACCCUCCCCCUGAAAUUCAGCUGCUGCGUCCUGCCAGAGACAAUGGCCCGGACAGCCAGGCUGCCCAUCACGCAGAUUUGAAGCCGAAAGGGUCCACGUCAGAUCCCAAAACAUCCAACAACCAUGCAGGAGCUCGGGUAACCCCCGUCCCAUCUGAACAGGAAUGCACCUCAUUCCCCCGUCCCACAGAGCCUCCCAGUCGCCCCACUCGGGGCAUGCAGAGCCCCUCUGCUCCAAACUGGGGCAGAUCACAGGAGAGGGUUAGCGGGACCCGGGAGCAGGCUGCGUCUGGGCUGGGACUCCCACAGAGCUCAGAGACAAACGACAACCAAGAGGGGGAGAGCAGAGGACAAUCUGUCAGCCAGACUCCCCCUCAUCAGAACAACCCUUCCAUUGUUCAUCCUCCUCACCCCCACAAUGCACCUCACUCCCAGAACUCUCGUCACUCCCAGAAUCCUCCACAGCAUAUUACCCAGAGCCCCCCCCAGCAAAUCCUAGAGAAUGCCACUCGUCUUCAGAACGCCCAUCAACACAAUACCCAGAAUGCACAGCAACAAAACAUCCCUCAACAUAUCACUCAAAAUGCCCCACAGCAAGGAUCCCAAAACCCCCACCAACAAAACUCUCAGAACACACCUCCACAUGUGGCGCAGAAUGUCCCUCAACCAAUCUCCAUGCAUGGAAUGCCACAGAGCCCAGCACCUCUCACUUCCCUGCCCCCCAGCCACCCUGUGUCCCAGUUGCCUCCCCAGCCCAGCCCAGAUGACCAGAGGCCAAGCGAGCCCACUAGCAGGAGGGACUCUGAAGGCAGUUCUGGUAACUCCAGCAUGAUGAAGUCUGGACCUCCAAAUGGCAUCUAUAAACAACAGUCGUUCAGUCCCAAGGCACAACAGACACAGCCCGGUAACCAGGGGCCAAGGGGACCGGCACCUAGUCACAACCCAGCCAUGCCUCCCCACUCCCAGUGCCAGGACAAUGGAGCCAUGCGUCAAUAUGGCAUGGGCAGCCCAACACAUCUGCACUAUGGUCAACCUAUGGGCAAACCCAUGCCCCCUUCAAAUCAACAGCCUUACCCGAACCAACCUGUUCCCCAGACCAUGAACCCCCACCAUAACCCUGCCGGCUACCCCACCUACCACCAGCAAGGAGCUGCCUAUCCAUACCACAUGGCCCAGCAGCAGCAUCCCCAGGGCCACCCUAACAUGUACCCCCAGUACCAGCAGCAACACUUCUACCCCCAGCCCCAGGGCAACAUUCGGGGGGGCUACCCCUCCGAGGAGUGGCACAGGCAGCAGCAGUACCAGCCUCGCCACCCCAUGCCCUCCAACACCUACCUGCCUGCUACUAGUGCCAACGUCAAUGGGCGCCUGAAGGAGGGCAGCCGCAUGGGCUCCCCCCUGGGCUCUGAGGGCUCCGGAGGCAGCCUGAUGUCCCCCAAUCCCCUGCCCGAGGGCCCCCGUGGAGGAUCUGUGGAGAAGGAGAGUAGGGAGGCUGGCAGCCCUGUGAAGCAUCAGCCUGCUCGGGUGGAGGAGAGCUCAGAGCGGCCAGAGAGCCCCAAAGAGAUCCUGGACCUGGACAGCCACAACGCUGCUGCACGCCGCCGGAGUGCCCAGCCCCCACCUCACGUGGCCAACUUCCUGUACGAUUCACGAGCAGUGCAUACUGGGAUGCAGCAGGGCGGGGCCCCGCCUCCCCACAUGAUGUCCCAUGCUCCAUACCCCAACCAGCCAGGUUACCCCAGUGGACACUACGCCCCCCAGAGACCCCACCCCCACCUCAUGGAAGCCCUGCACCGGCCCCAGCACCUUCCCUUUCCCCCGGGGCAGACCCGCAUGGCCAUGUACAGACAUCCCCAGGCCGGGGGCCACUUCCAGGGCAUGAUGGUCCAGCAGAGAGGCCUGGCGCCCGAACACUUCCUUCACCCAGGGCAGCAGAUGAUGUCUCCCAGUGGUCCCAGCAGUAAACAGGGAGUUUGAGCAACCUUGUGGGCGCAGGGUGAAGGACAAAAGCAACAAACACCUGUACACAAAGCAGUGCCUGCAUUUCAUCCAUCCAUAACGAUAACCCGUGUGGUUGCCUGUGUGUCUCCUGUCAUAAGCCUUUAAAUGUGACUGUGCUGUUGGAACCAUGAUGUUCUCUGCUGUGGAGCGGCUCAAAAUGGAGUCUUGGCCGUUGUCUUUUCUUUGUCUGUCUGUGUCAAGGGGCACCAGUAACUACUGCUCUCACUGCAUCAGACAGAAGAUAUGCAGUGUGUGCAGACAAGGGAAACAUAUUUAUUUGAGAAUCUCUUUAGGGAAUGAGUUCUUUGCCCCUCGGGCUGUCUGUCUGCUUCAUGUGGAACCCUCACUGAGACUGCCUCUAUGCAGAGACAUGGCUCUGUCUGCCAGUGGACUUCCAGUUCAGACUGUGUGUAUAGCUGGUCCCUUCCUACAAGAACAUCUGGAGAUCAUGCUCCUCUGUCUGCAGCCUCACACUGGUUGGACAAAGCUACUGGUCAUUGGGUUUUGUCUGGAGGAAGGCUCUUCCCCUGACUAUAGCUCUCCUAUGGACCUCCAGCCCCUUCGGUCCUGUCCAAACCUCUACAGAAGAGAAAAAUGGAUCCGGUGAUGAGAAGAGGGGGCUGGUGUUAUUGUUUCUUUGGGGUUUUUCCCCAAACGUUUUUAAACUCAGGUGUAGAAAAGGAGGAACUUUAAGACUGAAGAGAAGCCGUCAUCAGAACCCUGUCGACAGACUGGCCUUGCCGUUUACUUUUUGUUGAAUGUAUGUGUGAAUGAUAGAUAUAGACCUGCAGAGAGCCUUCUCUGCUAUGCACUAGGGAUAGUCUACACAUACUGGAGUGGCCUUGGAAUUUUUACGUUGGUUCUUGUUUUAUAUAUAUUAGUCGAAGUUGGAAGUUUACAUACACCUUGGCCAAAUGCAUUUAAACUCAGUUUUUCACAAUUCCUGACGUUUAAUCCUAGUAACAAUUCCCUGUCUUAGGUCAGUUAGGAUCACCACUUUAUUUUAAUAAUGUGAAAUGUCAGAAUAAGUUAGAGAACAAGGUAGAGAAUGAUUGAUUGAUUUAUUUCGUCACAUUCCCAGUUGGUCAGAAGUUUACAUACUAAUUGAGUGUAUUUGGUAGCAUUGCCUUUUGUUUAACGUGGGUCAACCAUUUCAGGUGGCCUUCCACAAGCUUCCCACAAUAAGUUGGGUGAAUUUUGGCUCAUUCCUCCUGACGAGCUGGUGUAACUGAGUCAGGUUUGUAGGCCUCCUUGCUCGCACAAGCUUUUUCAGUUCUGCUCACAAAUGUUCUAUAGGAUUGAGGUCAGGGCUUUGUACUGGCCACUCCAAUACCUUGACUUUGUUGUCCUUAAGACAUUUUGCCACAACUUUGGAAAUAUGCUUGGGGUCAUUGUCCAUUUGGAAGACCCAUUUGCGACCAAGCUUUAACUUCCUGACAGUUGUCUUGAGAUGUAGCUUCAAUAUAUCCACAUAAUUUUCCUCCUUAAUGAUGCCAUCUAUUUUGUGAAGUGCACCAGUCCCUCCUGCAGCAAAGCACCCCCACAACAUGAUGCUGCCACCUCCAUGCUUCACGGUUGAGAUGGUGUUCUUUGGCUUGCAAGCCUCCCUCUUUUUCCUCCAAACAUAACGAUGGUCAUUAUGGCCAAACAGUUCUAUUUUUGAUUCAUCAGACCAGAGGAAUGUUUUCCAAAAUAGGAUCUUUGUCCCCAUGUGCAGUUGCAAACCGUAGUCUGGCUUUUUUAUGGCGGGUUUGGAGCAUUGGCUUCUUCCUUGCUGAGCGGCCUUUCAGGUUAUGUCGCUAUAGGACUCGUUUUACUGUGGAUAUAGAUACUUUUGUACCUGUUUCCUCCAGCAUCUUCACAAGGUCCUUUGCUGUUGUUCUGCGAUUGAUUUGAACUUUUCACACCAUAGUACGUUCAUCUCUAGGAGACAAUGCGUCUCCUUCUUGAAUGUUAUGACGGCUGCGUGGUCCCAUGGUGUUUAUACUUGCAUACUAUUGUUUGUACAGAUGGACGUGGUACCUUCAGGCAUUUGGAAAUUGCUCCCAAAGAUGAACCAGACUUGAGGUCUACAAUUUUUUUGGCUGAUUUUUCUUGGCUGAUUUUCUUUUGAUUUUCCCAUGAUGUCAAGCAAAGAGGCACUGAGUUUGAAGGUCAGCCUUGAAAUUCAUCCACAGGUACACCUCCGAUUGACUCAAAUGAUGUCAAUUAGCCUAUCAGAAGCUUCUAAAGCCAUGACAUCUCCUGAAAAUUUCCACGCUGUUUAAAGGCACAGUCAACUUAGUGUAUGGUAACUUCUGACCCACUGGAAUAUGUAGACAAUUGUUGGAUUAAUUACUUGUGUCAUGCACAAAGUAGAUGUCCUAACUGACUUGCCAAAACUAGUUUGUUAACAAGAAAUUUGUGGAGUGGUUGAAAAACGAGUUUUAAUGACUCCGACAUAAGUGUAUGUAAACUUCCGACUUCAACUGUAACUCUUCACUGUAGUUGACCUCUUGUCUCAAACUAGGGAAUUAUGUUGAUGGUUUUCCACACUUCCAUGUGUCCUGCUGGUUGGUAUACGCACUAAGUGAACAUGAGUUAGAAUCAACAAUUGAUGUAUGCUAAGGUCUUUUUUUAAUGUUAAUCUUGUCAUCUUUACAGCCCAUUUCAUUUAACCUGGACCAUGUAUUGCAUUCCAUACAUUUGGCGAAAAAUAACACCUAACAUGGUAGUCCCACUGUAGCUCCUUUUUAUGGUGAGUUUUAUUAUUCUAUUCGUAACGGUUAAGAUUGUAUCCACAAUUGCACCCAUGCAUGAUUAUUUCUUCACGUCAGUGCUUCAUCCUCCCCAAUUCAAUUAACCUUUUAUAUGUCCUCAGGGUGUACAGUUUUAUACGGGUAUUUUAAUGAAUUUUUUGAAGGACAAGAAAAUAUGACUGGAAUUGUGACAAAUGAAUCAACCUAAUUUUAUGUGAAGAAACUGAUAAACCAAUAUUGUUUUUUCAAGAUUCUGUGUUAUUUUUGGUCCUCUUGUGACAGUGGGGGGGGUCUUGCUCACUGCCAACCUGUUUGCUUUGUUUGGGGUUAAAUAAAAUAUCUAUUCUGUUUUGUACUAAUUGGAAUAGUUGAGUUUUUCGACAUUCCAGUUUGUUUUUUGUUUAAUAUUGUUGCUCUUGUCAUUGCCACUAUACAGUACCAGUCAGAAGUUAGGACACCUACUCAUUCAAGGGGUUUUCUUUAUUUCUACUAUUUUCUACAUUGUAGAAUAAUAGUGAAGAAAUCAAAACUAUGAAAUCAUGCAGUAUCCAAAAAAGUGUUAAAUCCAAAUAUGUGAUAUUCUUCAAAGUGAGCCACCGUUUGCCUUGAUGAAAGCUUUGCACACUCUUGCCAUUCUCUCAACCAGUUUCACCUGGAUUGCUUUUCCAUCAGUCUUGAAGGAGUUUCCACAUAUGCUGAGCACCUGUUGCCUGGUUUUUCCUUCACUCUGCAGUCCAACUCAUCCUAAACCAUCUCAAUUGAGUUGAGGUCGGGUGAUUGUGGAGGCCAUGUCAUCCGAUGCAGCACUCCAUCCCUCUCCUUGGUCAAAUAGCCCUUACACAGCCUGGAGGUGUGUGGGGUCAUUGUCCUGUUGAAAAGAAAAUGAUAGUCCCACAAAGAGCAAACCAGAUGGGGUGGGGUGUCGCUGCAGGAUGCACUGGUAGUGUGCCUUGAAUUCUAAAUAAAUCACUGACCGUGUCACCAGCAAAGCACCCCCACCGUCACACCACCAUGCUUCACGGUGGAAACUAGACAUGCGGAGAUCAUCCGUUCACCUGCUCUGUGUCUCAGAAAAACACCUCGGUUGAAACCAAAAAUCUCAAAUUUGAAAAAGUCUCAUUCAUCAGACCAAAGGACAGAUUUCCACCAUUCUAAUGUCCAUUGCUUGUGUUUCUUGGCCCAAUAAAUAUUCUUAUUAGUGUCCUUUAGUAGUGAUUUCUUUGCAGCAAUUUGACCAUGAAGGCCUGAUUUCACAUGGUCUCCUCUGAACAGUUGAUGUUGAGAUGUCUUACUUGAACUCUGAAGCAUUUAGUUGGACUGCAAUUUCUGAGGUGCAGUUAACUCUAAUGAACUUGUCCUCUGCAGCAGAGCUAACUCUGGGUCUUCCUUUCCUGUGGUGGUCCUUAUGAGAGCCAGUUUCAUCAUAGCGCUUGAUGGUUUUUGCAACUGCACUUGAAGAAACUUUCAAAGUUCUUAAUUUUCUGCAUUGACUGACCUUCAUGUCUUAAAGUAAUGAUGGACUGUUGUUUCUCUUUGCUUAUUUGAGCUGUUCUUGCCAUAAUAUGAACUUGGGCUAGCUAAUGUAUACCACCCCUAGACAACUAAUCGACUCAAAUCCAUUAAGAUGGAAAGAAAUUCCACAAACAAACUUUUAACAAUGCACACUUGUUAAUUGAAAUGCAUUCCAGUUGACUACCUCAUAAAGCUGGUUGGGAGAAUGCCACGAGUAUGAAAAGCUUUCAUCAAGGCAAAGGGUGGCUACUUUGAUCUCAAAAAAUCCAGGGCUGUAUCACAUCCGGUCAUGAUUGGGAGUCGCGGGCACAAUUGGCCCAGCGUCGUCCGGGUUUGGCUGGGGUAGGCCGUCAUUGUAAAUAAGAAUUUGUUCUUAACUGACUUAUCGAGUUAAAAAAAAAAAUUAAACAUGUAAGAAAUAUAUUGAUUUAACACUUUUUUUUGGUUACUACAUGAUUCCAUAUGUUAUUGCAUAGUUUUGAUGUCUUCACUAUUAUUCUACAAUAUAAAGAAAAACUUGAAUGAUUAGGUAAAAACUUUUGAAUGAGUAGGUAAAAACUUUUGAAUGAGUAGGUAUGUUCAAACUUUUGACUGGUACUGUACACGGUGAGUGAUUUUGUCUUUGAACAAUUGAUCUGUGUAGAUUGAAGUCUGCCCCAUCUUAUCAUAUCCAUGUUGCGCCUGUGAGCCCCACAGGUAUAGUGAUGGCAACAAAUGAAUCUACCUCAUAGCCAGUCCACUGGCAUCCACUAAGUCCCUCCACUCACCAGAGUCAGUCCCCAGCACACAAAUGGCCUAACACUACUAUUGUCAUGACGAUGUCUAAUUUUUCCAGUGCCAAGUCAUGUUACUGUCCUGAACAAAGGUUUAGUGGACCCGUCCAUGGAACGUUUUAGUGUAAGGUUAUUUGUGUUACCGCCGGGGGGGUUGUUAAAGGGCGUAUGUCUGAGGUCGUCAGAAAAGGGCUCUUUAAAUAUGAUCUCGUCUCACCAGCUGUAUAGAUUGCAUGCCUUCCUGCCACAGAGUGAGGUGAGUAGACAACCUGAGCCCUGUGGUUUUACUGGAUUGGUGUUAGGCAGCAUAGAGAUGGCAGUGUAGUUCCCUCAAUUAUAGACACCCAUGGCAUUAAAAGGAAAUGUGCUCAAGGAGGGAUGAAUAUAGGAAAAUACUAGAAGUUGUGAGACUUUUGAUUUGUCCCAGGAUACUGUAUAUCAGGGAUCAUCAACUUGAUUCAGCCGCAGGCCAAUUUUCUUUCUUGAGCGAAUGGUCGGUGGGCCGGAACAUAAUUACAAAUCAUUUGUAUACUGCAAUUUGACCGCAAGAAGGCCAGAAAUACAUAUUUCACCUAAAACAUAAUUUCAAACCUUGCUUACAUUUAUAUACGUUCACAUGUUUCUCUAUUAUCCGUGGGAAUUCUUAGGAACAAAUUUUGCUCAGAAAACUUGGGGGGCCAAAUAAAACCACCCGCGAGCCAGUUGGUGAACCCUGCUGUUUAAGGAUGUAUUGUUUUACUUGCUAGGGAUUUUUAGUACUAGAUGAGGACUUCUCGUAGGUAGUGUGAUCAUUUGUAAAUGGUCUGUGAGCUUAUCAUACUGUUAUGCAGCUUUGUUGUCGCUGAUGUGUAGUCUGCACAAGACAUUGAAGUCUGUAUGCCACUCACUCCACUUCUACUCUGUCAUCCAGUUUGUCUGCACUAGUAAAAUAUCUAGAUUUGAUUAAAUGUGAAUCAUAUUUAUUUGCUCUUAAAUGUUGUACAUUCUGACUUUUUUUAUAUAAAUGUUAUCUUUGGUUGUUCUUUUUUGUUUUUAAGCAGUUGACAUUUACCUCUGUAGCAUGGCAGCAUCAAAAAAGACCCUGUAUGUUUCAUCUGACUGACAUAGAUUAUUUUGGAAAUGGACUGAAGUAUUUACUAUGCUGCACAUUUCUUAGAAUAAAUAUCUUUUCCUGAAUUGAAA